AUGCCGGAAAGUGACCUCUUCAACUGCCCGUUGUGCGAGCAGGCAAACAACGUCGAAGACAUGGUCAUGUGCGACCAGUGUGAGAAGUGGAUCCACUACAGCUGUGCGGGAUACGACGAGCAAAGGAAGGAAGAGCAUUGGAAGUGCCAAGAUUGCUGCGGUACGCGCCACCGUGAAACCACAUUGACACCGGUAGCAAGACCUAACGGAGAUGUAGCAGGAGGAAGUAACCCGAUCGACGAACGGGCCCGUCUAAACUUGAAGCUGCUGGCGGAUCAGAAGGCACAUCUGCUGAAGGAAUUGGAGCUGGAUUUCGCACAGCAGCUUGAACGGAAGAAGUUGGAACUGGAGAAGGAGGCGUUGAAAAUUCAGUUCGACAUACUGAAUGGUUCUUCUGACGGUGGCGUUGGAUCAACCGGACCCUUUGGAACUACCAGUGGAGCAGCGGCAAACGUUGGCCGCAAUACAGAGUGGAUGAGUCGUCUAAAUCAGGUCACUGCGUGCACGAAUCAGCUAAAUAUUGCUUCAGCUAGCACGACAACAAUUUCUACGACUAACUCCGAAAAUGCUCCACAAUUCUCUUUUGCCAAGGGAAACAAGUUCGUCCAACCGAGUUCAACCAUUCCGUCAUUCACCUCCACCACCUCCACUUCCGCCACCACCAAUCAACUACCAACGUCCGCUGGUGUAUGUUCGACGCGAACGAAUUAUGAUCAUCCGUCUCACGAACUGUGUCAAGCUUCGGGCUUCCUUCACGAGUUUCAGUCCGGAAGAGGACCACUUCAGCUGGAUUCUUCGACGCCAACGACGAAAACCAACUGGGCCAACCCGACGCUCGGCUACACCAUUCCUACGCAAUGUUUACCAACAGCUAUCAGCUCAGUGAUACCAUGUGGAAGCUACCCGCUGGUGGGUAGAAACGUAAGCCAACCGUACCAGGUAACGAAUAGCGUAGGAAAUAUAGUGUCAGUAGGUCAAGCUUCAUAUCCUCAAUACACGAAUAGUAGCGUAGGUCCAAUAAACCUGGUAGGGAAUCCAAUGAAUGUAAAUCAAUCCUUCGUACACCCCUUACUCUCAUCAAGUGUACCCCAACAAUACUCACAGGUGUACCCUGUUAAUUAUUCGCUACCAGCAAUGAAUCCAAACGUCUCGCAAGUGCCUCUUCCAAACUAUCAAGUGCCUUUAUUGAACCAGCAAAUGCCGGGAAUGAAUGGUGAAAUAAAUACACCCACAUCUCGUCAAAUGGCGGCGAGACAUGUUAUGUCGAAAGAACUCCCAGUAUUCAGUGGAAAUCCGGAGGAGUGGCCUAUGUUUUUUAGUGCCUUCAACACAUCCACAGAGGCCUGUGGAUAUAGUGAUGUGGAGAACCUAGGCCGCCUUCAGCGGUGCCUGAAAGGUGCAGCACUGGAAGCAGUUCGCAGCCGACUCCUGCUCCCCGCAUCGGUACCGCAGGUGAUCCAGACGUUGCAGCUUCUGUACGGGCGACCGGAGCAGAUAAUCUACGCGCUGCUUUCGAAGAUUCGGGAUGUUCCUGCACCGAAAGCGGAGAACCUGCAGUCACUUAUUGCCUUCGGAAUGGCAGUACAGAAUUUCUGCGACCAUCUGGAGGCUGCAGCGCAAGUUGCACAUCUGUCAAACCCAGUGCUUCUGCAGGAGCUAGUGGACAAGCUGCCGGCACAUCUGAAGCUGGAGUGGGUCACAUUCAAACGUCAGUUCCUGGUGGUUGACUUGCGCGUAUUCGGCAGGUACAUUUCGAACCUGGUAUCGGCAGCGGCAGAGGUGUCUCUAAACGUGGAUAUCAAGGGGACGAAGCUGAAGAAAGAGGAGAAGGUGAAAAGUUUCGUUAAUGCGCAUCUCUCUCCGACAAGUUCGACGGAAUCGCCGAAACCAAGAUCGGAGUCAUCGAAAGCUGUCGCGUCCGUUAUCUGCUUAACCUGUGGGAAACCGGAUCACAAAGUCAGGGAAUGUGAAACCUUCAAGAAGAUGAACCGGGAGGAUCGCUGGAAAGUCGUCCACACCAAUUUCCUGUGUCGAACAUGUCUCGGGAAGCACGGAAGGAAACCAUGUCGUUCUCAAGCUCGCUGUGAUGUACAGGGUUGCCAAAUGAAGCAUCAUCCACUUUUGCACGGUAGUGCGACAAGUUCUACACCAACGUCAAGGCAAACGCCACAACAAGCUAAUUCAACGCCACCGGAAAAUCAGAACGAAGGCGUUAACGCUCAUCGUACUGCAAACUCAACCUUGUUCCGGAUUCUACCGGUUAAGCUCUUCAACAAGGAACGGACCAUCAAUACACUGGCGUUCAUCGAUGAAGGGUUGUCGGUUAUGCUCAUGGACAGGAGUCUCGCUUAUUCGCUGCAGGCUAUAGGACCAAAGAAGCGCCUUUGUCUAACGUGGACGGGAAACAUUACCCGCGACGAAGAAGAUUCCAUGCAAGUGGAAAUCGAGAUUGCGGGAACUGGAGCGAAGAAGCGCUACGUACUUGAUGACGUUAGGACCGUCGAAUCUCUUGCGCUACCGAAGCAGACGCUGCGCUACAAGGAACUCGCUGAACGCUACAGACAUUUGAAGAAGUUGCCAAUACAGGACUUCGAAUCGGAAGCACCAGGUAUUUUGAUUGGUGCAAAGCACACCAACCUUACCGCUACGCAGCAAAUAAGAGAGGGUGAACUGGGUGAGCCGAUUGCUGCUAAGACAAGACUCGGCUGGGCCAUCUACGGGGCGAUACCAAAGGGAACUGCGUACCCCAGCUACAAUCUCCACAUCUGCGGCUGUGACUUGGAGAGCGACCUGCACGAGCUAGUAAAGCAGCACUUCACGGUGGAGAACACGGGCGUAUCUGCGGACUCAAGUCCCGAGUCUGAGGACGAUAAGCGGGCCAGGGCCAUACUAAAUGCAACGACGAAACUGACUGAAGGAGGGUUCGAGACUGGGCUGCUAUGGCGAUACGAUAACGUCGAGUUUCCUGCAAGCUACGCUAUGGCAGUACGGCGGCUCCAGUGCUUGGGACGGCAACUGAAGAAGAGUCCCGAGGUGAUGGAAAAUGUCGACCAGCAGAUAAUGGAGUAUCAAAGGAAAGGCUAUAUCCACGAAGCAACGGAGGCCGAACUAUGUUCAGCAGACCCACGCUGGAUGUGGUAUCUUCCGGUGGGUAUUGUCCGUAAUCCGAAGAAGCCGAGUAAGAUCCGUAUAGUGUGGGAUGCAGCAGCUACGGUGGACGGAGUCUCCCUCAAUAGCAUGCUGCUAAAGGGGCCGGAUCUAGUAGUACCACUCCUGGAAGUUCUAUGUGGCUUUCGGGAACGAAGAAUUGCCAUCGUAGGCGAUAUAAGGGAAAUGUUCCACCAACUAAAAAUGCGACAAGAGGACCGUUACAGUCAACUGUUUGUCUGGUUUGGAGAGUCGGAGCAGCAACUUAAAACCUUCAUCAUCGAUGUGGCAACUUUCGGGUCGACGUGCUCACCAUGCUCGGCGCAAUUCGUGAAGAAUCUGAAUGCAGCUGAGCACGCAGAGCAGUACCCGAAAGCAGCAGAAGCGACCCAACGCCGCCACUAUGUCGACGAUUAUUUGCAGAGCUUCGACAGCGAAGAAGAAGCUUGCCAGGUAGUCGAAGAGGUGAAACUGGUCCAUCGACAAGGUGGAUUUGACAUCCGAAACUGGUUGUCCAACUCGUCCGCGGUCCUCGAAUGGGUCGGGGAAGCUGAUCGCACUCCAGCAAAGAUCGUCGGAGGGACCGGAAACGAAAUGGAGCGAGUAUUGGGAAUGCAGUGGAAUGCAAAGAACGACAUGUUCCUGUUCUCCAGCGAUGUCAACGUGGAAGCGAUCACUCCCACGAAGCGAAAUAUCCUGCGUUGCGUGAUGUCGUUGUUCGACCCGUUAGGCCUUCUCUCUCACUUCUUAAUCCACGGAAGGGUAAUCAUCCAGGACAUAUGGCGAACGAAGGCAGGGUGGGACGAUAUUGUGGAGGGUCCUAUCCUGAACCGCUGGCGUGUGUGGGCCGGGAUGUUCAACGAACUUGGAGAUGUUCAAGUUCCACGUGCUUAUUUCCCAGGUAUAUCGUCAGACGACAUUGAUGAUCUGCAGCUACACAUCUUCGUAGAUGGAAGUGAAACAGCCUAUGCAUGUGUUGCCUAUCUUCGAGCCUCAAUCAACGGUGAAUACCACAGUGCCCUCGUAUCCGCAAAGGCAAAGGUGGCUCCACUGAAAGCGCUGUCCAUCCCGAGGCUGGAGCUUCAAGCAGCACUGAUCGGCUGCAGGCUGAUGAAGACGUUGUGCAGCAGCCACAGCCUCCAGAUAAAGCGAAGAAUAUUCUGGACGGAUUCGAAGACCGUCCUUUCCUGGAUCCAUUCCGACCACCGCCGGUAUAGGCAGUUUGUUGCCUGUAGAAUUGGUGAGAUCCUGGCGAAAUCCAAUCCCGAGGAGUGGAGAUACGUACCAUCGGGGCUCAACAGUGCAGACGACGGUACAAAGUGGAGAAGUAAACCUAACUUGAAGCCCGACGGUCGCUGGUUCAGAGGGCCGGAAUUCCUGAAACGUUCGGAGGAGAUGUGGCCUAAACAAGCAAACAAGCUGAUCUCACCGAAGAGGAACUGA